AGAGAAGAAUCUCUAGAGACCUAUAUCAAAACCCUAAUCUCUCUCUCAGAGAUCGGCCAUGGCUUCCUCUAAAGAUCGCGAAAACUACGUCUACGUCGCCAAGCUCGCUGAACAGGCUGAGCGCUACGACGAAAUGGUGGAUGCAAUGAAAAAUGUUGCAAAGCUUGAUGUUGAGUUGACCGUUGAAGAGCGCAACUUGCUCUCUGUUGGGUACAAGAAUGUGAUUGGUGCUCGAAGAGCAUCAUGGAGGAUACUUUCAUCAAUUGAGCAAAAGGAAGAAGCAAAAGGAAAUGAAGUGAAUGCAAAGCGGAUCAAGGAGUACAGACAGAAAGUUGAAUCUGAGCUCACAAGCAUUUGCAAUGAUAUUAUGACUGUCAUUGAUGAGCACCUCAUCCCUUCAGCAUCUGCUGGUGAAACAUCUGUGUUCUUCUAUAAGAUGAAAGGAGAUUAUUACCGAUAUCUUGCUGAAUUCAAGGUUGGUGAUGAAAAGAAAGAGGUUGCUGCUAAUUCAAUGAAAGCAUAUGAGAAAGCUACAAGUGCUGCAGAGGCUGAUUUGCCUCCUACACAUCCUAUCCGAUUGGGUUUGGCAUUGAAUUUCUCAGUCUUCUAUUAUGAGAUCAUGAAUUCCCCUGAAAGGGCUUGCCACCUUGCAAAGCAAGCUUUUGAUGAAGCUAUUUCAGAACUGGACACCCUGAAUGAGGAGUCGUACAAAGAUAGCACCUUAAUUAUGCAGCUUCUUAGGGACAACCUCACUUUAUGGACUUCUGAUAUCCCAGAAGAUGGAGGUGAUUUGUUGAGGACUUAGUUGCAGUUAAACUUUAGUUCAGAUGUGUGAUUACUCUUUGAUAGUUUCGUUGAUGAAGUUUUAUGUUUUCUGAUAGUUGCAUCUAGAUUUGGCUC